AUGGACAACGUCUUGGAUUCCAUGGAUGACAUUCCAAUCAGCAGUUCAUUCACAGAGAAAGUGACGUUGCCACAAAGAUCGACGCUUCGCGUGGAUAACGAGCACACCUACAUGAUAGGAGACCUUGAGGUUCGACGACAUAAUGGUCUGUUCUGGCACUUGUAUAAGAAGAGGACCUGCGUUCUCUUGAAUACUGGUCACUUCCUAAUUUACAGUUCCCCUUUCCAUGGCCUCAGUAUAUAUCUGCCUGCACUGCGCAAAGUCAGCCAUCGUUUUUCCGGAAACGGAGGGACUGGAAGUGAAUCGAAAGCUCGUUGCGAUGUGGUUAUGUGCCAAGGACAUGCUAAACUUGGCAUUCUGAUUAAAGGACAACGGUCAUUGGUGACAGCCUGGCGUAGAGGUAUCGUCUGCACCCAUUGGGGAUUACCAAUAUCUGAACCUCAUCUGACUGAUGAGUUAAUUUGGAUGCAACCCACAGUGAAUCCAGAGGCAUCUGAGUCAUUGAUUUAUUCGUUAGCGAAUCGAAGUCUUCGUCUGAACAAUUCUAUGCCAUCACUGGUUCAGACGAUUUUCGCUUCACAAAAGAAACAGACUGGUCUAGCUUGUUCACGGUUCCAAUCUCAAAGAGCUCUUACCAUGGAUUCAAUCAAAUGCACAAUACCUCAUUCGCAUUCCUUCGCUGCUACGAUACCGUCAUCUACUCAUGACUUAACGGACAGCUUUGAAAGUGCACCACUUACAGUGCAGGAAAAUCACGCAAAGGAUACAACAUUUAUGUCAGACUCCGGAGUGUGGUCCCCCGUUAGUGAUGAGCCAAGGACGACGCAAGCGAAAACUCCGGAAUCACAAAACUUGUUGGAGCCCAAAAAAGUCGUAAAUAAAAGUAGAUGCAAAGAGCUGGAAGGAAAGAACUGGCGCCAAUUGACAGUUGCAGCCGAUCUUCCGCUAUUGACAGCGGACAUUCUUAACUUUGAAGCGGCUUUCUCUUUCCGAAACGUGUAUGUUGAGAUGCCUGUGUUUUGA